AUGGCAGCUUAUUUAAUCUCGUCCUCAAAGAUAAGAUUAACGACAAUUCGUAAGUGUAAAACGAAGAUUAGGCUUCGUUUUCAUUUGAAAAUAAAUGAGACCAAAUUUCUUACUAUUCCUCUAAUUCAUGAGCCAAUCCUUGAAUGUCCAUGGUUCUACGCUAUCAAAUGUGAUUUUGUUGGUUAUUUUGCGACAACAAUGCAUCGAAAAGAUAUGAAACAAUUAUUCAUAUCAGAUAAUAAAAUAUUACCUAAAGCUUACAUAUCACGAAUGGAUAAACCUUCAUUAAAAGUACCAGUUGCGCUACAGGAUGCACGUGUAAUGUCAAAUCAAUCACGUAAACAUCAUCUUGCUGUCUGCUUGCAACCAAUUUUCCUAUUAGCUGAUUGGACUUUACUUGUACAAUUUUUUGAGAUUUGGAUUGCACAAGGUGUUACAAAAUUUUGCGUUUAUGUGCAAUCGAUGACACCUGAAGUUGAUGCAUUACUACAUGUUUAUGAGCAUUCAAAAGAUGUAGAAAUUGAACGAAUUAAUUGGGCACCAUUACCAGCUGAUGAUAGUGCUACAUAUGAAAAUGAUGAUCCGAAUUUACGAAUUUACAGAACUGAGGUAGCCACUUCGAUCAAUGACUGUCUUCUACGAAGUCGUGGUUAUGCAAAAUACGUGAUUUCAUCUGAUCUCGAUGAAAUUGUGGUGAACUAUAAAGAAUCAUCAUUGCUCAAUUUAUUGGAUAACUUACAGACAAAAUUUAAAAAAUCGGCGGCAUUUAUUAUUCGCAGUAGUUUUGCGCUUUUUGAGGGUAUCCUUACAUUUCAUCCUUCUAGAUCUUUUUUUGCGGAAGCUGCUGGCCAAUUCCCCAUAGAGCACAACCUGAUCUUCCAUCCUGGAGAUGUGCCCAAUCCAACACAACUAUGUCUUCAGUAG